AUUAUAAAAUAUAAAAGUGACACAAGAAUUUUGGAUAAAAUCAUAUUUUUAAAUAAAAAUCUUUUUUUAUUAUUAAUUUUUUAUAAUAAAAAUAUAUUGUAAAGUAUAAAGCCGACACAAUAAUUUGUGAUAAACAAUUACAAUAAUAUUUACAAUAAUAUAUAACUGACAUAAUAAUUUUUGAUAAACAAUUAUAGUUCUUUUUAUUUAUAUAAUAUUUAGUGAAUAUUUAAGAAUAAUGUUGUGGCAAAUAUGUUUAGUUCUUUUGGCAGUUUACUAUUGUAUGUGGCGUUGGAAAAAUAGGGAUAUAAUAAAAUUAUCGAAACAAUUACCAUUUCCAUAUACAUGUCUCCCUUUUAUAGGACACGCGUGGCUUUUCAUCAGGAGGGGUAAAGAUCCCAUAGACACGUUUCGACUUUUAGCGGAUGAAGCACAUAAACGUAAUGGUAUCACUAGUUUUUGGUUUGGAAAUAAUUUGUAUGUUAAUGUAGCAGAUCCUUAUGCUGCAGACAAAGUAAUGAAGACAAGUCUCGAAAAAGAUGAGGUGAUGGAUCUUGUACGACCGCUGAUUGGGAAUGGGAGCAUAUUUGCACCAGUAACGAUAUGGCGACCGCGUCGCAAAGUCCUAGCUCCCACGUUUGGACAGAAAACUCUGAACAACUUCGUGAAGAUAUUCUACAAACAGAGUGCAAUACUAGCAGACCAGUUGCAAUCAGUGGCUGGAAAAGAGAAGUUCUCGAUCUUCAGUUAUGUCACUACAUAUUCUAUGGACGCGAUAUGUGAAACCACCAUGGGGGUUAAUGUAAAUGCUCAAGGAAACAUAAAUCAUCCAGUUCUAAAGGCUUUCAAUGGUUUUUGCCAAAUGUCAGCUGCUCGAUUCGUUUGUCCCUGGCUCCACCCGCCAUCGGUUUACAAAUACAUGCCGAACUAUUCUACGUACGUCAAACACUGUCAGCUGUUAAAAAAUUUUGUGGAUAAGAUCAUUAAAACAAAGGGUCAAGAAAUAAACAAUGAUUGGAACAACAACGUGGAACCCGAUGAUAAAAAAACUAAAACAUUUCUGGAGCUACUGAUCGAGUCAUCAAGAGAAAACAAUGUCUACACAGAUUUGGAAUUACGAGAAGAAACACUAGUGAUGGUGCUCGCCGGCACUGACACGUCGGCUGUUGGAGCAUCCUUUACAAUGCUGUUACUUGCCAGACAUCCAGAUAUUCAAGAAAAAGUAUUCCAAGAGAUCGCACAUGUAUGCGGUAAUUCAGAGCAUCCGAUCGAAACGGAUCAUUUGCCGAGUCUUAAAUAUUUGGAUGCCGUGGUCAGAGAAAGUUUAAGAUUAUACCCACCAGUACCUGUUAUUGUGAGAAAAAUUGAAACGCCUACAACUUUACCAUCAGGGCUGACACUGGUACCAGGUGUAGGAGUAGCCAUAAACAUUUGGGGUAUACAUCGUAAUCCAGACAUAUGGGGACCGGACGCCAACGAAUUUAAACCCGAACGCUUCAUAGAGAGCACUUUAAAGCAUCCUGCUGCUUUCAUGCCCUUUAGUUACGGACCUAGAAAUUGUCUUGGAUAUCAAUAUGCAAUGAUGUCGAUGAAGACCGUUAUAGCAACAAUAAUAAGAAAUUAUCGGAUACUGCCAGCAGAAGAUCAGGAGCUGAACUCCUGCGCCAGUAAAGCAAACCUUGAGGUUAAGUUUGAAAUUAUGAUGAAACAUGUCAACAAUUUUCAAAUCCGACUGGAGAAAAGAAGUAUAAAUGAGUGCAUUUGAGAAUGUUAUAUAUAUAUAUAUAUAUAUAUAUAUUUUUAUUGAUCUUGUUUGGUGUCAGCAGUUAAUUUUAAACUUUCGCGUUGUUUACACGUAUUUUAAAUACAUUAUCGGGAUUUAAUGCUAUGAAAACUUUACAAGUAAAUAGUACCUACAUACUUGCUCCUUUAUUGUCGACGUUUCAACGUGGAUUGCACCACGUCGUAGCCAUGACUGUUUACUUGCAAAAUUUUCAUCACUUAGUGUUGACUAAAAACUUAUGCAUUUAAAUCUUUAGAACAUAUUACGUUUUCUCAGUAUACCUACGUGUAAUAAUAAAGUUGGCUACUAUCUAAAACAAAGUUUAAAUACAUUUGGGGCUAACUUUAUCAAAAAAUUGAUAAAUAUAGGCACAAUGUGACGUCCAUGCCUUAACGCCAGAUUGUGCAUACUCAAAAUGAUUUUUUUGGGAAUUGUAUGUGGUUUUAUAUUCUAUGUUGAUAUAAGUAAAAUUAAAUUAUCAUUUUGC